AGUACUACUCCUCCUGCAUAAAAACCCCUUACCCACUCUCCAACGCUACUCCUCCUCUUCCUCCUCCAGACGCCCAAAUCAUUCGCCGCUCUCGGUGGCCGCCCACCACCGCCGCCGCCACCCCAACCCUUAAGCCCUAACCUCCUCCUCUCGCUGAACCACCGAACGAUGGCGUCGCCCGCUACUCCCUCCGAAGCGACCGACGGCCCCGUCCUCAGCCUCAUCAACAAGCGCCUCCGUGGCCUCCGCAAGAAGCACAACCGCAUCGUCCAGAUGGAGGAGUCCAUCGCCCAGGGAAAGCCCAUCCACAAGGAGCAGGAGGACUUCUUCCGCUCCAAGCCCUCCGUUCUCGCGUCCAUCGACGAGCUCGAGAAGCUCCGCCCCCAGCUCUCCGCCGCCCUCCAGGAGGAGCUCUCCCUCGCCGCACAGCACCUCCCCCGCGACGAUGACGCCCCUGCCGCCUCCGAGAAGCAGCAGCAGGAGCCGGGGGGCGGCGGCGACGCCGUUGUGAAGGAUGUGCUGAACCUGCUCUACUUCGGCUCGAUGUUCGCCGUCAGCUCUCAGAGCGAUUACACUUCCACGAUGCUGACGAGGACGCACGAGCGCGGUUGCUGCUUGACUUACGACUACGUGACGGACGAGGCCACCGAUCUGUUAAAAGAGCGGGACUUGGACUUGAUUGCGACUUUGAGCAGCCUCUUGAUCUCGAGGCCUGCCGACUCCAGCUUGUCCCACAAGAACGCUCUGCAGAAGUGUGUGCACCACGCCCAACAAUGGAUCGCCAAUUCCGACGAGCCGAUCGAGCCCGACUCUUCUGUUACUUAUGCGUCAUUGAGGGAGCGGUUGAAUAAGAUAAUAGCGUCUGAUUACUUCACCACGACACCAGAGAUGAAAGCUCCCGUGGAUAUGGCUGCCGCUGCUGCUUCUGGCAAUUAUGCGCCUUUUCAGGUCCCAGUCACAGCGCCUGUCCAGGUAGAAAGUGAAGAGCCUCAGUACGAGCAGAAGGAGGAAGCAGGGACUGAAUUCCAAGGACGUGAAGACAAUGAAUCUAAUCCAGUUGAUGAUGCUCAUAAGGUGCCUGAAGAAGUAGUGGCUGAUAAUCCUUCAGAGUUUGCCUCAGCUCAAGAAGAAAAUGUAUAUCCACAGGUGGAAGAGCCUAAUCAAAGGGAAAGAGAGCAGAAGGAUCAUCAGUACAUUCCCCGGAGAAACUACCAGAACCAGAGAGGGGGUCGUGGUGGAGGUAAUAGUGGUCGCCGGGGUUAUCUCAACGGUCGAGGAGGGAGAAGUGGAGGGAGGGGUGGUGGGCCCUACCAGAAUGGCCGUGGCCACUAUUAUGAGCAGCCCAGUAACUACUACCCUAGAAACUACUACAAUAAUAGAGGGAGAGGUGGCAGGGGUGGUGUGCAUACAUUCAACAACCAUGGUCCGGCAGUUCAUGGUGACCAUGCCCCUGCGGAUGUUGGGGUGGCUUCAUGAGCAGACAUUUAGCAGUGAAGAGGGUGCUGGAUUACUAGUUUUGGCUAUGGUCAAGUGAAGUUACCUCAACGCUUUCGAGCUUGUGGUUUGCACUUAAAGCUGAGACUUAGAUUAUUGUCACCAUACCGGACUCUAUUCUCAUUCCAGGAAAUUUAGAUGACCGAACACUUUCACUUUUUCGGAGAACAUGAAACAUCCUUCUCUAAUGUGAAAUUCUGUAGAAAUUUAGGGCA